CUCUCUUUUCCUGGUGUAUACACAACAUCCCAUGCAAAUGCAGCUGUUCCAAAUGGAAUAUAUCUAGACAAUGGAUGAAGGAAGUAUAUCAUGUAACAACAACAACCAGAGCAGCACUUGACAAUGACUGACGCUCAUUCUUGAUAUUUGAUCGUAUCAAGAAGCAUGUCAUUGGUCAGUAAUAGCAAUAGCUCCAUGGACAGACAGAUGAAACUGUAAUACUCUGUGUAUGUACAACACUUCAAAGUACAUAGCAUGACGAUGAAGAAUGGUUUUUCAACACAGACCUUCUCUCUGUCUCUUUCCUCUUUCUUUUUUCUAACCCGUAGGCUUACUCUCGCCUUCAGCAUUCACCCUAUGGAUUGUCCUACAUCGGCAUUAUCAACAGAAUCCGGAGCAUUUUUUUUUUUCGUUUGUGUGAAUUUCAGGGCCCUUGGUCACAGGACGACGGAAAAGAGGAGGAAGAAGAAGGAUGUUGAGCCAUGUCAAACGUCAUAUGGCACAGACAGGCCCCUUUCCUUCCUUCUUUCCUACCACUUUUAAUGCAUAUACUGAACCUGUAGCUACAUCAAAGCAGAGAGAGAGAGAGAGAGAGAGAAUCAAACUUACAUUCCAACUUGAAUGACUUUUAAAAGAGCACCAGUUAGCAAUAAGGAC